CGGCUUCCACGUCUACUGUAGUCGGACGGCAGUAACCGCCGCGUGCUCCACUUCGUCGUCUCCACCUAUAAAUUCCGCCGGCCGGACACGGUGGAUCCAUUUCUCCAAUAUUUUUCUCUCUUCUUCUUCCCGUUUCCCGAUUCAAGUCAGCGGCUAGGGUUCAGAGAUCUCGGCAUCGCGUCGCGGCCAUGUCGACAACCACGCUUAGCACAGUCAUGGUGAGCAAUUUGUCACUGAAAGCAGCACAAAGAGAUGUAAAGGAAUUCUUCUCCUUUUCUGGUGACCUUGUGCAUGUUGAAAUGCGAAGUGAUGACGAGCUGUCUCAAGUAGCCUACAUUACUUUUAAAGACAAGCAAGGAGCUGAGACAGCUAUGCUUCUUACGGGUGCCACAAUAGUCGACAUGGCUGUCAUAGUAACACCAGCCACUGAUUAUGAGCUACCAGCUUAUGUUUUAGCUGAGCUUGAGCCCAAGGAUACAAAGCCUUCUGCUCUUGAGAAGGCAGAGGACAUUGUUGGAACCAUGCUUGCCAAGGGGUUCAUUCUUGGUAGGGAUGCGCUCGAUAAAGCAAAAGCUUUGGAUGAGAAGCAUCAACUCACAUCCACUGCAACUGCCAGAGUAUCUUCCUUUGACAAGAGAAUCGGUUUAAGUGAGAAGAUCAGCGUCGGUACCUCAGUUGUAAAUGACAAAGUAAAGGACUUGGAUCAGAAAUAUCUAGUCUCUGAGAAGACAAGGUCGGCACUUGCAGCUGCUGAACAAGGUGUCAGUACUGCUGGAUCUGCCAUCAUGAAGAACAGGUAUGCUCUCAUCGGGGCAGCAUGGGUAUCUGGUGCCUUCAGUAAGGUUGCGAAUACCGCAAAUGAUGUUGGGGCAAAGGCAAAGGAGAAAAUAGCUGCUGAACAGGAGGGCAAGGCUGUUGCGGGCGAGUCCGUGCAAGCUAACAUGGCAGAUGGCCCUGCAGAGCACAAGGAUUUGGACCGUGAAUUUAUAAAGAUACAUGCCUCUGAAACCCCUGCAGAUUUCCCCAUAUCCACAGCUGCAACUGUCCCUGUUACAGUAGAGGAUUCCAGCAUCUCUACACCACCACCACCACCACCUGCUGCUACUGCUCCUAAAAAGCCUGAGCCUGCCCAGGGAUUGAUACUAUGAUCUGGUUGAUACAUGGUUGUAAAUAGACAUGAAAUUGUUGUUGAAUUCAGGCUGUAGUAUUGUGGUUGAUAUAUUCUAAUUCACCUGUUUGAAGGUUGAAUUUAUUGGAUCUAAAGAGUUUGCAAUUUGUAGCAGCUGUUUUAAUUAAUCAAACACCAUUAUCAUGCA